UUCUGUAUCUUGAGGCACUAGAAAUAAUUAGUCAUUAAAUAUUUAAUAACUAAAAUCAUUAUUACCUCAGCUAGUGUACCUGUCAUUAUUGUUAAAUCAAAUAUGGGUUAUAGUCAGAUUAAUAACAAUUAGAUUAUAUUGCGAGAUUUGCUCCUCCUACACUGUGGGCGAGGUUAUUGAUUUCCAAAUGAUUCCUUUUCUUUUUAUUUUUUCACCGUUAGGCUACCUCCACCUACGUCACGGCAAGCGUACCUGAAUAUAUAUUUUCCAUAGACCAUAUUAUUAUUCUGUGUUUCGUGGAAGAAUCCACGACAUAAAUAAUCCCAACCCCUCAUCAUCGCUGACGUGAACGGAGAGGGGAAGAGUCUGGGAGUCAAAAGAUCGGUGGAGCCGUGAGGCGCACUUUAGAAAUGAUGCCGCGGCAUCUAUAAGGUGAGGGAGGGGAGGCUAUUCAGAGUCGUGGACGGCGUGGACUGUGAAAGCAUUCAGCGCAAAAAAGAAAUCAAAAGGGGGGCGUAUGAACUUUCGCCCGAGGUUGUCGAACGCGAAGUUAUUGGCUAGGAUGGCCGAGGAAAUUAGCUCAUCCACUGCGACGACGACAAUAAAGAAGAGAUCGUUGUGGCCUUCCGUUCUUCGUUGGAUCCCAACUUCUACCGAUCACAUCAUCGCCGCCGAGAAGCGUCUUCUCUCUACUAUCAAGACACAAUAUACUCAAGAACAGGUUAAUAUAGGUUCUGGCCCGCCAGGGUCCAAAGUAAGGUGGUUUCGAUCAGUGAGCGAUGAACCCAGAUUUAUCAACACGGUUACUUUUGACAGCAAAGAUGGUUCUCCAACCCUUGUGAUGGUCCAUGGAUAUGGUGCUUCACAAGGUUUUUUCUUCCGAAACUUUGAUGCUAUUGCCAAAUAUUUCAAAGUCCUUGCUAUUGAUCAGCUUGGUUGGGGCGGAUCAAGCAGACCUGAUUUCAAUUGCAAAAGUACUGAAGAAACUGAGGCAUGGUUUGUUGAUUCCUUCGAGGAAUGGCGUAAGGCCAAAAACAUUAGCAAAUUCAUUUUGCUAGGACAUUCUUUUGGAGGAUACAUUGCAGCUAAAUAUGCUCUCAAGCAUCCCGAGCAUAUAAAACACUUGAUUCUGGUGGGACCUGUUGGGUUUACAUCAGAAACGGAACAUAAAUCUGAGUGGCUCACUCGAUUCAGAGCAACAUGGAAAGGAGCUGUUAUAAAUCAUUUGUGGGAGUCUAAUUUUACUCCUCAAAAGAUUAUCAGAGCUUUAGGUCCCUGGGGCCCGGAUUUGGUUCGGAGAUAUACUAGUGCUAGAUUUGGUACACGUUCAACUGGAGACGUUUUGACUGAAGAGGAGUCAAGAUUAAUGACAGAUUAUGUGUACCAUACUGUGGCGGCCAAAGCUAGUGGAGAGCUGUGCUUGAAGUAUAUAUUUUCGUUUGGAGCAUUUGCUCGGAAACCCCUCUUGCACAGUGCAUCGGAAUGGAAAGUGCCUACCACCUUUAUAUACGGUUUCCAGGAUUGGAUGGAUUUCCAAGGGGCACAAGAAGCUCGGAAUCAUAUGAAGGUCCCAUGUGAAAUCAUAAGGGUCCCUCAGGCUGGUCACUUUGUAUUUAUAGACAACCCUACUGGUUUCCAUUCGGCCGUAUUAUACGCUUGCCGCAGGUUUCUCUCACCUGACCCAGAUAAUUAUUCUCUUCCUGAAGGUUUGACUUCUGCCUAAGGGAAAGAGCUUGUGAUGUAAUAUUUGCUUGCAUGUAUGACUCUUCCAUUAUGAGUCAUUGCACUCACAUGGAAGAGCGGUUCAUUUUACAUGAAUGCAACAUUCUUUGAAACGUGAUCCAUAGCAUUAAUCUAUGUGUAUCGUCGUACCUCUAACUAGUGGAUGUGUAUCACUUUGUAUAGAAAUCCAGGUGAUUAUUUUGUUAGCUUGAGUAAUCCUUCAUCUCUUAC